UGGUCCCACAGAUGGUGGAGAAACUGCUGGCGCGACGGCAAGAGGUGGAGGAGCAGCUGAGGCAGGCCAGACUCUGCUACUUCAGCCUGAUCCUCAAGAAGCAGCGACUAGAGGAAGAACUAAAGGCCAGACAGGAUGCAGCCGAGGACCAGGUGAGCGUGGCGGAGAUGCUGAGGCUGGUGGUGGAGACGGAGGCCUACAACGAGCAGCUUGGUGUUCAGGAGAGCAGUAUCCGGGCGCACCAGGCGUCUCUCACCAACAUCAAGUCAACCAGCCACAAACGCAGCCUCCGCAGCAAGGAACUAGCCGGCCAGCUGCACGACACAGAGGCGGCCGUCGCUGCACUCCAAACUCACCUGCAUCAGGAAAAGGAGAAACUGAAACAACUGUCGGAGAAACAGAAGUCCUCCAGGAGAAAGUCUUCCCUCCUUCAGCCUUCAACCAGGCUCCUGUUGGAUCCACUCCUCGCGAAGGACGUGAAGGAGAAGCUGGCACUUAGAGACGCCCUCGAGGAAGAGCUGGGGCGCCUCAGAUAUGUGUGCGGACGAAGGAUGACCUCACACUUCAGACCAUCUCACAACAACGCCUCACAUUAAACACAAGCUUCUCAGCAUUUCUUAAAGCUUAUAAAUUACUUAACAAAAGUAACGCAAAUUUCUAAGUAAAUGUGUAACCAAUCAAAUGAAUGAUAACAAACAAAAAAGAUUAGUAUUCUGUGUGUAUUAGUAUGCAAUAUAUACACUUGUAUUCAAUAGCAAACAAUAUGCACAUUUUACAUUAUUACUAAAUAAUGUAGACUGCGUAUGUA